CGUAUAAAAGUAAGCCAUGUUUUUGUUCCUGACAUUGAAAUCAAUUUUGUGGCUUCAUGUUUUUCUUCCAAAAAAAACGUAUUUCUUCUUACCAACGCUUGGCAGGGUCUUCGAGGGUUUUGGUUCCCAACCCAGAGCAGCAUGAUAAGCAUGUGGCUUUGUGAAUCACAGCACCCUAUAUGUGACUGCUGUGCAUCCCAUCAAUGCCAGCACAGACCCCAGACAGGUAUGUCGGCUUCGAAAGCCCAGGCUCAACUGACUCAACUCCUUGUGCAAAAAGGAAAGACUGUCACUCUGGAGACACUUGUAGCUGGACUCCAGCCUGACGACGGAUUGAUCUACAAUGAAUCGAGGUUACUGCAGUUGAAUCAGGGGAAAUUACAAAGCACUACGUUAGAUAAACGGUUUAAAGACAGACUUCAUCUGGACAGAAAGAGCGGAUCUCUGACCUUGAGAAACAUCUCACUCCACGACGCCGGAGUUUAUAAGUUACGAACCAUCAGAGGACAAAAAGUGGCUUAUCAAACCUUUACUCUAUCCAUUUAUGACACGGUGUCCGGUCCUGCCAUCACUCGCUCCUCCCUCCGUCUGUCAGCUAAUGUCUCUUGUACGGUGGAGUGUUUUGUCAAGAACGGGAGAGAUGUGACCCUAACCUGGUACAAAGGAGAGGAGAAACUUAACCAGACUAGCAGUCCUGAUCUCUCCUCCAACAUCUCUCUCCAUCUGGAGAUAAAGGACCAGGAUGGAAACACCUUUAGCUGUGUGGCUGAAAACCCCAUCAGUAACCAGACAGCCAAACUCAACAAGACAGAGCUGUGCCCAGGUCUUGCUUCAUCCAGCAGCUCUGUUCACUAUCACCUUUGGGGCCUCCUGGUUCCUGGACUCUGGUGGCUCUGGCAGCAUUAUACUGGAGGUUUAAGAGAGCUUGUGAAGGAGAGGGAACCUCCACAGAACAUGACAGUUCUGCCAACUCUGUCAUCUGAUGACCAGUGAUGCUGUAGACAAGGAAACACCCUGCCCUAACUUCUAAAAUGCUGAAGAGUUGCUGAAUGAAGAAGGUUUCGCUAAAUACGUUUUACACCUCACUGUGGUCAAGAUCUGAAGAUGGUGUAAAAAAAUAUUUUUAUUUAUAGGCUUGAAAUGGAAGUAAAAAAUGUAUAGAAUUUUGAACUGCUCUUUGAUGAUUAUCUGCUGCUCUCAUUACAUGCACUGUGUAUGUCUUUUUGGUAUACCAAAUAAAUCAAAGUACUGUAUUAUUUAUUAACAGUAAGAUAUUGUGAGAAAUCGGCUGUAAAACUGCAAAUUUUUACAGUGUAUGAGCAAACAUAAACAUGCACCUCUUUUGAUCAUCA